AUGCCAUCUUCUCGAAUCAUAAAAUCACACCUUCCAAUUCAUAUGCUCCCUAAAGGAUUAUGGACAGUAAAACCAAAAAUCAUUUUUGUUACAAGGAACCCUAAGGAUGCAAUAUUGUCCUACUACUAUCAUCUUUGUAAUCUCGGUGUAUUUAGAGGUACAAAAGAAGAAUUUGUGAAUUUGGCGAAUGAUAAUAAAAUACGUAAUGCUCCUUUUGGACCACAAUCACUUGAAUUUUGGCAGAUAAGAAAUGAGCCUUAUAUUUUCUUUACAAGUUUUGAGCGUAUGAAGAAAGAUUUAAGAUUAGUAAUUUUGGGAAUGAGCAUAUUUUUAGAGAGAAAUGUUGAUGAAAAGCAAAUGAUGAAGCUUCUCGAUCAGUUGUCAUUUGAAAAGAUGAAAGAUAUGUUUGCUUAA